CCCCCUGUAUAUGAAUGAGAGUGGAUGUUACGUAAUUAAUCCAGCAUUUAUGUGCAAUAGUAUGGGCUGUGUCCAAGGUGGGUAUCAUGUGGCUAUGGCUUUGUAUUUUUACCAAGGUAUUAUUUGACAUGAAACGGCAACUAGUUGCAGUCGUGUGGACAUUACAUUGCCCAUUUGGGACGCAGCUCAACUUUCAUCUCCAAAAAUGUGAAAACUCGAAAGUACACCAUGUGGGCUAUACAUGUAGGUACGUGGUAGCAAUGGCAUUCACAUAUCAUCCCAGCCUAGCUCUUUACAUGAGGGAGUGCUUGUGUACAGAAGCUAUUUGUUGCGGUUAGCGUCUACUAGUUAAAGCUAAACUAGGAUCCAUCAGUAACAAAGAGGAUGCCAGCUGAAUCAUCAUAUUCAAGCUAACCAUCUCUUGUUCACUUCGCAGAUCAGCUUUGCAGUGUCCAACUGUAAAGCGAGAUCUUGAUGUCAUUUGAGCUGGAUUCGAUGCCCAGCCAAUUCUACAGAGCUGCAGCCUAAGUAUAGAAAUUUCUUCUGGCGUAGCAAUAUAUUUGCUCAACAGUAAGGACGAGAUAUCUGAGCCAAAAUGCCGCAUGACCAUUUGACAUAUAUAUCUAGGGAAUGUUUUCACAGUUGAUUGCUGCAUAGACAUUUGCCAAGCUGUAUUACCUACCUACCCAGCUCCACGAAUUUGCCCAUCUUACCAAGUUAAUUAGCCAAGGACUGUACAGAUCAGAUGACAACUCCCAAAACAGUUGGGCUGGGGACUCAUGCAAUGGAGGAGGGGAGACAUGCCAGAUGUGCUACACCCCCUUCCCCGUUGGAAAUGUUGAAAUGUCCACAUCCUAUCUGGCACAGUCAAUUUUGCUGACAGUGUCCCUUCAAAUUUCACCCUAAUUUCACUACUGCCUUCAAAAAUUAAAACAUAAAGAGUAAGUCCUAAAGGUAUUGUAGGGAUUUUUAGAGAAUAUCCUGAUCUUUCUGGUCAUGAACAAGGAAAUAUCUCUCAUCUGUAGCUGUAAACUACCAGCAGAAAUAAAAUCUAGCACUUGGUACACAAAUGACUGGUAUGUUAUUUUGCCAUUUUUUUAAAGUAUAUGAGCAUAUACAUAGUACAAGCAUCUGUCAGCAACAUCUUUUUUUCUCCCGACGUGGACAACUUUUCAAAUAAGCUGCUUCUCAGAAGGUUCAUUCCUUGUCAGAUUUGUACAUGAAGACUGUGCUGCACAUAGACCUGCCAGCAUUGUGCCAUUCGCGUUGCCGAUGAUGAGUUUGAAUGCAUUUCAUUUUGUAUCAGGGAAACUAGACUCGAGUAGGACAAAGGAAUGGGAGAAAAAAAUGAGGGAACAGAUGGAUAGGUUGGUGUUUGUUCUGAUGCAAUCAAAGGAUGGCGAAUUUUCAAAACAAAAAUCACAUGUACAUGUAUAGUACUUGUCCUUGGUGUUUUGAUGGAUGGUUCAUAUUUGGCAGAAGUUAUCUCUUCAGAUGUGUGCGUGCAUGCACACGUUAGAAUUAAUUUACAAAAUUCUCAUCUUGACAAUAUAAAGAUUGAGUUUAUUAUGAAAAGACCUGACAGGUAUGCACUCUCCCAAGGUAAUCUAAAGUCACUGAUUGCCUAUAGUACUCAACAGAGCUGAAGUUAUUCCCAUCUUAUCUCACUUUCGCAGAGCUAUCGAUUGCUUAACAAAUUUCAAGCAACAGAAAUGAACAGAAAAUCAUUAAGUACACGGAGCAAUACAGAGCACAUGACAGGCUACCUGGGGAUGUGUUUAAUUGUUGAGUGAAUCACAUGUCUGAACUGUACAACUGUAAAUUGUUGUUUUUAGAGGCAGGUUCAUACGUUUGGCUUCCUGCGGAUCUCAACCUUUAAACUAUCAGCUUGCUCAUACGUGUGGUAUUUCUUUGAAGUGAAUAACUUUUGUAGCUUCUGCAGCCCACAGUAUGCAGAGGCUAAUGGACUGCGUUGGAGGGUAUUUUUUUAAAAAUUGAAUCCACCUUUGCAAGUCAUUUUUCAGUCCAAGUCAUCAACUAAAUAUGAUCAGAUGAGCAGCCUGCUCUGUUAUGGUGAAAACACCAUCUGGCUCACAUGUGCUCAUUGUUCCUGUGAAUUUCUUUAACCUUUGCAGACAUUACAUUCUGCUUACAGGCUUUUUUUAUGCCAAACUAACAAUCAGUUUGCUUUUCAUAGCCAAGCAGUUAUGCCAAUCCAGUUGUUGCCGUGGGCCAUAUCGGCAUUUCAUGCAAUUGCGUCUCAUUUGUAGGACAUGGACAAAUGGGAAGGUUUUAAGGUAGCACAUUUGGUUUUUGUUCUGCAUUAGGAUUCAUUGUGCAGUGCCUGGUGACAAUCAUCAUGCAGUGCAGCCAGGCUGCUUUCAGUGGGAGGUCUCACGAGUUUGGGAAAAUUACGGAAUAGGGGAAAUCAAUUUGCACAUAUGCAGGGCAGGCGACAUUCAUUUUUUCUGCCCAAAAUGAUCGAUGUCGCUCUGAAAUUUUGCCGUCAGAUUUGACAAACAUUUCUAGAAACGCCCACAUCCAUUAAGCAGGAGGGAGCCUAUAGCUGUGUUUCUUCAUCUUGAUUAUUGAUGGUUGGUUCUAUAUUGCUGAUUAUCAUAAAAGAAUGUGUGUGCUUGCGAUUGGCUGCUGUAGCUUGCCCAUUUGUGGCCCUCAGGACAACUGUCUCUGCAAUAUGCCAGUGUAUCCUGUGAAAAUGAAGAGUGUUGACUUGAUACUCUUGUUUCAUAACAAACUCCAGUUAUAUGCUAAUUGUAUCCCACCAACAAAAUGUUAUCUCCUGAGUAAAUAAUUCCUCUCAGCCACUGGGGCCAGUCAUAACAGAGUGAAAUUUGAGUAGCCAUUCAUAGUCGUUCAUGUUCAACUCCCUGUAUGUAAAUAUACUGUAUGUAUAUAACUAUACUUUCCGAGACAGAGCACCUUAAUAGGCACUUACAUGUAAGGGUGACUGAAAAUUUGAAAAUUGAGUAUAGCAGUUUAUGUACAAGUACUUCAACAGGAUGUACUUUUUUGGUAUAUGCACAGCAAUGUUAUAAUGUACGUAUACGUUGGUAAACCACAGGAGCUUGAGGUUUUCAAAUGCAUUGAAUCAUUACAAGUUUUCUGAUGAGAACUUGUGUAAGUUCAGUUCUUUACGCAGAGGGAUAAAACAAUCGGUUAUAUCGCUCAAUCUGUGGAGGUCAUUUUUGUCAUCUGUCAAGGUUUUUUUGGGUGGGGGUUGGUAAGGAACUUGUUGUGGUAUUCUCCCAAAAGGCAGAUAUUGCCAAUAAUGAAAUGGCCAAUUCUAGAUGAUAUUUUUAAUAUUUCCUUAUCCAUGUAGGGGACAACAUGAUGUUUGUUUCACAACAGGACACAUUUUUUAUGUCUUGCAUUUUUCAUUAAUGUGUUGAAUUCUUUAACAAUGGCCCAAGCUAAAAUGCCACUCUUUGCUUGUUCACAGACUGAUACCAACUUUUGGUGAAACUGAAAGUGAACCAUGUGGAAGGAAGUGAUUGCAAAAGAGCUGUGUUUUGAAAUCUUUCAUGUCGUUUGUUUUCUUUGAAUACUUCAUACACAGCCCGUGCUGCUGCUUAUCUGUUGUAAGUUUAUUGUGUAGUAUGAUUACCUAGUCCAGAGAGAAAGCCAGAGAAAAUUGUAAACGUAACAGGGAAGGAAACGAACAAGGAAGUUGUUGGAAUAAUUUUUGAUCAGUUACACCAGUUAUUUGUAGCACAGCAAAUGUGAGACUUGAAAGGCAGAUGCAGAGAAGCACAUGAUGUAUAUGCAUUAUAGGAUGCAUGGAAGAAUGUUGUUACCAUUAAUUUCCAUUUCCACAUUGCUCCAUGGAUACCUACUUAACCUCCACGAGGAAGUUACUAAGAAGAGCUUAUUAUCAAGUGUCAAAGCUGACCCUUCGGCCUUACGGUUGGCUUCGAACCUUGCCCAUUAGGAGAACGGCUGCUGCUGUUGGUACUUUUGCCCCCUGUCGGCAAAGACAAGAGCAUUUUGAGCUGGGGAAGAAUGAUCUCAGCGUUGGCUGCUGCAGUCAAGUUGGAGAGGAGAGUGCGGAAGAAAGUGACUGGUCUUCAGAGGAUGAAGGCUCUGCCUCCAGACGGGUCCGUAAUGAUGGCGGCCACAGGAAAGCGCGGCGCAACCGGUCCCGCAGAGACCGUAAGCAAAAGGACGCUAAAUUGGAUGAGAAGCAGAAAGUCAGCAAACCCCCCGAGGAGAAACAGGAGAAUACGGCCACACCGGCCCCCAGCGCUCCGGUCACCCGGCUGGCCGAAGUCCUGUCCAGCAAGGAAGGGCUGAAGAGCGCUGCCUUGAAGUCCACUGCCAGGGAUAACUCCAAUGCCAAGGACGAGGCAGAAGGAAAGGUCUCCGAAGAAGUGCACAGCGACUCAACAACAAUCAUCAAGAUAAAACCCCCACCCACUGCACCCAAGCCCAGGGCAAAACGGACCAACAGCACCAAGUCCAGCGACGGCAUGGAGGACAAGCCUGGAGAGUCAAGAAACUGCAAAGCUGCAGAAGAUAAGAACACAGACGAAGUGACAGCCACCUUUGGUCCAGUAGAUGACAACAUUUUUGACGGGAUGGAGAUCACUAAGCCAAAGCUGACAUCUUACAAGCGCACCAUGGGGCCGCAGGGCCGUCGCCUGCCCCAGCGCUACUCCAACCAGGUCCAGUCGCAGCGCUUCUCCAACCAAAGCACCAAUUCCCUGGCCGCUGUGUCCGCCUAACGACUCACAGUCUGGACAAUGAGAGGUCUUCUUCUUCAGGAUUGUAAAUAAAGACAUGUAAUUAUUAAUUCAAUUGUUCUUCUUUCAAUACCUUCAAAUAGCCAACAAUCAAUGACGCUUGAGACUUUGAAGUUAUCUGUUGCACUAUAGAGAGAGAGAGAUAAAAAAGAGAUGGGUAUUUAAAAAGACAAGAUCAGAAGGUUUGCUGUGUUGAAAUGUUUCAGUCUCCAUGAUCGUGUUUUAGCACUCAUUUAUGCCUGUCAGACUGAGGUCAGAACUAGGCGUUGUCAAGCUAACACUUCUGUCAGAUUGCAAGUAAAGCAUGUUGUGUAUCGCUUUUAAGCCGUGCCUAUCCGAUGGUUCUGUUUGUGGCCAUGGACAAGUGUCCCUGGCAGGCUCUUGAUUGUCACUGCCAUCUUGCAGCCAAUGUCCACACCAAGAGCCUACGGCCAGUGCACAUUCUGACCAAGCUUCUUUUGAAAAUAAAGACAGAAUAAACAAGUACAUCGCACAUGUUGUAUUGUCCUAAGGGGCAUUGUUGCCAAGACAACAAAAGUGAAGAAAAAAAGCGAAGGUGAGUAUUGCCGCAAAAAAUAAAGACAGAAUAAACAAGUACAUUGCACAUGUUGUAUUGUCCUAAGGGGCAUCGUUGCCAAGACAACAAAAGUGAAGAAAAAAAGCGAAGGUGUGUAUUGCCGCA